AUGCUGGAAGUAUCGGAACAGUCUGGUGAUAAGAAUGCAAAUUUUGGGCCAAGAGUGGUGUCGCUUUUAGCGGACCAUUUCUAUGCGAGAAAGGAAGAUUCUCUUCGACAGGGCACCCAGGAACUCUCUAAAUCACCAAAAACGUUGAAGCAAAAGCCUUCUCUUGGAGCAGAGGCAGAAGUCCUCUUAAACAAGCUUUAUAAUGGAGCCAAAACUUAUUCACUCAAGAAGAUAAAUAGCAGCAAAGGCGUCCGUUUCGUCUGCCAUGUUCACGUCAGAAAUCAAAACUUUACUGCUGAAGGCCUUUCUGAAUCGGAAGCUGCUCAAAAAGCUACUGAAAUUGCUGUUUGGAAGUUAUAUCCCAAUGACGCUUCAAGAGCAGCGAAAAAUUUGAAAGGCGAAGUGGAGAACUCAGAUGCGGGCAUUGAUAAGAAGAUAAGUGAUAGUAGGGGGGAUCGCUUCGUUUGUCAUCUUUCGCUUGGCAAAAGCUCUUUCACUGCUGAGGACACUUCUGAAAUACAUGCUGCUCAGAAAGCCAGUGAAGUUGCCCUUUGGAAGAUGUAUCCGGACGACGCCCUUAAAGCAGCGAAAAAUUUAAAAAACAAAGUGAAGAACCCAAACACGCAUACAGAUAAGAAGGUUGGUUCCGUAACUUAUGUUCAGAACUGA